ACUUGCCUCUAAAAACAGCUGCCAAAGCCUGACCAAGAACUUAAAUGCAGAUAUGUUUAUACUCGGAAUAAGUUUUCCCAAACACAUUUUAGAAAAGUUAUUAAUAAAAAAAAAUCUUAUUUUUAAAAAUUCCGGUUAUUUUGACGGUUAAAUCAAGCCAUAUGUACUUCAAUCAAAAUCCAAUGCUCCCACCGCCAUUGAAACCAUUUUUGUAAGCUUUAAUGGAGGAACUCCCUUCUUACCUCCCACCCAAAAAGCUAAUUAAACUACUCAAAUCCCAGAAGACCGUUAAGGCUGCUCUAUCUCUCUUCAACUCUGCUACCCACCAUCCAAACUAUACCCAUACCUCCCAUGUCUACAAUUACAUCCUCCGUCGACUCGUCGAUGCUAAACUUAUUAAUCAUGUUACCCAUAUCGUUAAUUUGAUUGAAGCCCAGAAAUGUAGAUGCUCUGAAGAUGUUGCUCUCUCUGUUAUUAAAGCUUACACUAAGAAUUCCAUGGUCGAACAAGCUCUUGAUGUUUUUAAACGAAUGCACCAAAUUUUUGGGUGUCAACCGGGUAUUAGAUCGUAUAAUUCGAUACUCAAUUGUUAUGCGGUUUCUAAUCAGUGGGAUAAUGCUCAAUCUUUCUUUAAUCAUAUUCAGAUUUCGGGUAUUAAACCCAAUUUAGAAACUUAUAACAUUUUGAUUAAGAUUUCGUGUAGGAAAACACAAUUUGAUAAAGCCAAGAAGCUCUUGGAUUGGAUGUGGUGUCAAGGAAUGUGUCCUGAUGUAUAUAGUUAUUUGACUUUGAUUAAUGGACUUGUUAAAUGUCGAAACAUGGCGGAUGCAUUGCAGGUGUUUGAUGAAAUGUGUAAGAGAGGUUUAACCCCUAAUGUGACUUGUUAUAAUAUUUUGAUUGAUGGGUACUUGAAAUCUGGCAAUGUCGAUAAGGCAAAAGAUCUAUUUCGUAAGCUCGUAACUGAUUCGAAAGCUUAUCCAAAUGUUGUGACCUACAAUAUUAUGAUCAAUGGCCUCAACAAAUGUGGUUUUUUUAAAGAGAGUUUGGAGUUUUGGCAUCGAAUGAGGGUAAACGAGCGAAAGUUAGAUGUAUAUACUUGUAGUAGUUUAAUAGAUGGAUUAUGCAAGUCUGAGAAUAUUCAUGAGGCUUCAAUGGUGUAUACGACGAUGACUGAAGACGGGCUUGUACCUGACAUUGUUACCUGUAAUGUGAUGCUUAAUGGAUACUGCAAAGCUGGGAUGUUGAAAGAGUAUUAUCAAUUAUGGGAGUUUAUGAGGAUAGAAGAUCUUUGCAAUACUUCUAGCUUUAAUAUUUUCAUUAGGGGCUUGUUUGAAAAUGGGAAGGUAGAUGAAGCAAUAUCUAUUUGGGAAUCACUACCACAGAAUAAUCAUCAUAGUGAUUCCAAAACAUAUGGAAUUGUAAUUCAUGGGUUGUGUAUUAAUGGCCUCUUGAACAAGGCACUAUCAAUCUUGGAAAAGGCGGAGGUUGAAAGAAACGCUGACGUUUAUGCAUAUACACCAUUGAUUAGUGGACUGUGUAACAGUGGAAGACUUGAUGAAGCUGUUAGUCUUCUAGAUUCAAUGACUAGCCGUGGACAUAACUUGAAUUCCUAUGUUUUUAAUCCCUUAAUAAAUGGAUACAUCCGAGAAUCCAGAAUAGAAAAGGCGAUUACAGUUUUCAAUGAAAUGAUCACUAACGGCUGCUCACCAACGCCUGUUACAUAUAACAUCUUGAUGAAAGGGUUAUACAAGUCGGAAAAAUUCGAAGAUGCGUACAGGCUUGUGAAGGAUAUGCUGGAAAAAGGUUUUGAGCUAGACAUGAUUUCUUAUAGCCAGUUGAUGGAUGGUCUUUGUCGAAGUGGAAAUAUAAGCAAGGCGCUUCAAGUGUGGGGUAAGGUUGUAGGAGAUCUUACCCCUGAUGUAACAAUGCAUAAUAUCAUUAUUCAUGGUCUUUGUUUAGCUGGAAGAAUGGACAAUGCAAUGCAAAUAUUCUCAAAUAUGAGAGUCAUUGACUGUAUGCCAAAUCUUGCUACCCACAACACACUUAUGGAGGGAUUCUAUAAAGUUGGUGACUGUAGUAUGGCAAGUGCAUUUUGGGCCUGCAUUUUGAAAAAAGGAUUUCACCCAGAUAUUAUUUCAUAUAAUAUUAUCCUCCAUGGACUUUGUUCUAGCCAUAGAAUAUCAGAAUGCAUGAUUUUUUUGCAUCAUGCUGUUAGUAGAGGAGUGGUUCCUUCUGUUGCUACGUGGAAUAUCCUUGUUCGUGCUGUUAUUGGUCAUGGGGUUCUAUUUUCUGGAGUAUAAUUGUUCUGAUGCCUCACAUGUGAGCUUUGUGACAAAAGGAUGGGGUCACAGACUUGUGGCACAGUUCAGCAGUGUCCGAUCUGUUGAUGUAUUUGGACCGGACCAACUAUGCAAUAGUCGACAAUGGGAGAUUUGCGACAAGUAAAGUUACCGCCACUUUGUACUAUGAGAUUUUUGCAUCGUGGAAGUCGACAUUCCAGAUGAAUUGGCUGAGCAGUCCUACAAAUACUGCACUGAGGACAGCAAUUUUUCGCCAGUCUGGAGACGAAGCAAUAUACGAAUCAGCAAUACCAAUAGCCACAAGGCCAAUCAAUACAAGGCUCUGAAAGAACAAUCCUUC